AUGACUCUUGCGCCGAUGAUUCUGCCUCGUAGACGAACCAACUCGCUCCAGGCCGUCAGUUUCGAUUGGACGAACAAAUGCAAUACCACCGCCACAGACUUUCAGAAGUCAGUACGAGAGAAUGUCGACUGGACCAGCUCGCCGCUGGGUGCAAUUGAAGCAUGGCCAGCUACCCUCCGGACCAUGGUGCUCAUGGCCAUGGCGGACACCACACCCUCUGCCGUAUUGUGCGGAACAGCGAUUGGAGCCUCGAUAGUAUACAAUGAGGCAUUCGCAGUUCUGCUCCCCUCCAAAACACACACGGGUCUGCAGGGACAUUUAUUUCAAGAGAGGUUGGAUGAUAUAUGCUCGGACUUCGACGCGGCCUGGGAGAGACAAGUGAAGAGUGGGCAGGUGGAGAUCCUUCCAGAUCAACGCAUCAGAUCAGACCGGCUAGGACUCGUGGAGGAAAAGACAUAUACAUGGAAACUGUUGCCGUUCUUCGGCGAAGACGGCGCUGUCGCCGGAAGUCUUGUCACCGUGAGCGAGGAUAAGUCAUCCGCUCGAAGCGAACGAAGCAAGACUGUUCGCGAAAUUGGCAGUGUGAUGAAAGGCGCAAUCGAUCGUACCGCCAAUCAGACGGCUGUGAACAUUCUGCGACUCAAUCAGCAUUUCUCCGGUAACACCUGCAACUGCGCAAGGCUAUGGGAGGUCGAAGAACAGCUUGAAGCCUACAAAGCACGAUAUGAGAAUUUUGCAAACUACGCACCAGUUGGAAUCGCUAUCGUCACAAGGGAAUACUCCAUUGAGUGGGCGAACAAGGCGUAUCACGAUGUUAUGGAACAGACGUCGGAAACAACGUCCUUUCUAGACUGUGUUCAUCCUGACGAUGUCUCCGCAGUGGAAGGCCAAUUUGAACACGGGACACUCCACGAGGGAGCUUACUCUUUUCAAUGUCGAUUGAAGAAAAUGGCAAGUUCGGCGGCAGUCUCUCCUGGUGAGGAAGUGCCACAGAGCAGCCCUGCAUGGAUCUUGGUGUCUGCGUACAAAGGGCUGGACGUUGAGAACAACACGACGAUGUGCUGGAUCAUCGACAUCACCGCACAUAAGACUGCCGAGGAGUUCUUGCGCAGACGUAUGGACGAGGCGAUGGAGAUGAAGAAAGCUAAGGAACGCUUUAUCGAUCAAACCUCGCAUGAAGUGAGGAAUCCAUUGUCCGCCAUGAUCCACUGCACAGAAGAUAUCAUAACAGAACUCCGCAAAAGAGGGGACGCAUCCUUGUCCGAGGCUCUCGAAGCGGCGCAAACGAUUUCUCACUGCACCCAGCACAUUAAGAACAUCGUCGACGACGUUCUUAUCCUCUCGAAGCUGGACUCUGACUUAAUACAGGUCGACCCGAAACCGACUUUUCCUCGCCAGGCGAUCGAGACCGCCGUGAAGAUCUUCAAGGGCGAGCUCCGCGCGAGUAGUGUGGACCUAACCGUUGAAGAAGACGCGUCGAUGGAACACUUCGGAGUAGAGUGGCUACUACUGGACUCGAAUCGCGCCCUACAAGUUCUCUUCAAUCUGAUUACCAAUGCGAUCAAGGUUGUGAAGGGUCGAGAUCGAAGGAGGAUCGUGGUCAGACUGAUGGCUGCGCAUCGGCCAGAGCCACCGAUUUGCAAAGUUCGAUAUGUCCUGCCACGCCAGGAAUCCAAAGCGGUCGACUUUGGGCCCGAUGCUAAUGCGCAGGAGUCCGUAUAUCUGGUUCUCGCUGUUGAAGAUACCGGACCUGGCCUCACUUCCGACGAGCUGAGCAGCCUGUUCGAGCGAUUUACACAGGCCGUUCCGAAGACCGAAAGUAGAUAUGGCGGGAGUGGGCUGGGUCUGUUCAUCUCACGCGAUCUGACUGAACUUCAGGGCGGUCGGCUCGGCAUUGCUUCCGAGGACGGAGUCGGGUCGACGUUUCUUUUCUCGGUCGAGUGUAGGAAGACCGAGCCGCCACAGGACCUCAUCGAUACUGUAAAGUUUGAUCAUCCUCCAACUCCACAACGCUCGGAUACAUCUCAUUCCUUUCUGCGAGGCCUGUCUGAUCUGCAAUUGAACGGGCAGGCCGUCACACGAACGCAGCUGGACUGCGCGGAGCCAGAGUUGGAAGCGCGUGUCACUCGCAGAGUUUUGGUCGUAGAGGACAACGCCAUCAAUCAGAAAAUCCUCGCGAAUCAGCUCCGCAAACGUAGCUUUGAGGUCAAGGUUGCCUCUCAUGGAGAAGAAGCACUCUCCGCACUGCAAAUGGCCGUGGAAAGACCAGUCCCACCAACGAUCAACAGAAAGCCGGUCCCUGGUACACUGUUCGAUGUCGUACUCAUGGACAUCGAGAUGCCCGUCAUGGAUGGUAUAACAUGUGUUAAGCGUAUACGAGCCUACGAAACUAGUCGAGGAAUACCGACAAGACUGCCGGUCAUUGCUGUCACGGCCAACGCCCGCAGUGAGCAUGGCACUAGCGCAAUCGAGGCUGGCAUGGACUCCGUUACAACUAAACCGUACAAAAUCGAGGAGUUGGUCGAGGAGAUCGAGAAA